ACGUCGACCUUGCCCGUGUCAAGGAAUAUCUUGGCCACUCCCUUAUGUCCGUUCGCGGCGGCCCAAGAUAGAGGUGUCCGGCCAUCAUCGGCUUUCGCGUCGACAUCGACCUUGCCCGUGUCAAGGAGCAUCUUAACCACGACCUCGUGUCCGCCCGCGGCGGCCCCCGAUAGAGGUGUCCGGCCAUACUCGUCUCUCGCAUCGACGUCAACCUUGCCCGUGUCGAGGAGUAUCUUGGCCACUCCCUUAUGUCCGUUCGCGGCGGCCCCCGAUAGAGGUGUCCGGCCAUACUCGUCUCUCGCAUCGACGUCAACCUUGCCCGUGUCGAGGAGUAUCUUGGCCACUCCCUUAUGUCCGUUCGCGGCGGCCCAAGAUAGAGGUGUCCGGCCAUCAUCGGCUUUCGCGUCGACAUCGACCUUGCCCGUGUCAAGGAGCAUCUUAACCACGACCUCGUGU